CGGAAAUAUGUGUUAGUGGAAUUUUAGGAAAUGUAGUUUUGUUUAGUGAUUCGAAUGCGUCUCCAAUUGUGACUAAUUUUUCUAUAAGGGGCGGGUGUGAGUGUCCUGUAUUAUCAUACCAAAUUAAUGUGGUUACAACAGGGAACAUUGGUGUUGCGAGUCGAACUACCUUUUAGGCACUAUAUAGUUAAAAACAUGAGUCCGCUGGCUGUAACACCGCGAGUCGUCAUAGCUCGCUUGCUAUCUACGUAAGGCGAGCAAUUCGAAGGGACGAUAAUUUCCAGCCAUCAUCAGAAGACACCAUCACGAGGGCAGCAGCAGCAGUCCCAGCAAGUAGAAAGUCCCAGUGCUGUUCAUAAUGGGAAAUGUUUCCAUUUGACUUGUUUUUACUGGGCUGCAGUAUUCCGGAAAGACUUAUUGUUUACAGGGUUUUGUGGAAGAACACAACCAAUGAAAAAAGAUCCCGUGUAGAUGCAGUAUUUCAAAGCUGGAAGAACACUGAAAUUUUUUUAACGGGACAACGGAUGAUCAAUGUGUCACUGAGGUGCGGUGCCAGACUUGUGGUUGAAAGGUUCCCUACAACAACUUGCCUUCUACCCGCAUGAUGUUGUCCCGUUUGCAAAGAGUCCUACGGCCCAUUCUCUUUGUAAGGCCAGGAGUAACGUUAGGAAGGGCCAGUGAAAACAGGACACUCACGGCCCGUAAGCCUCUGUCUAUGAUGUUCUUGCAAAGCUGCGACUUCGGUACGCACCCCCACAAGGAACCGAUGGAGCCACUCAACUCUCCGCGAGGAGCCAGGGACUUCAUUUACAGUCUUCAUCCCACAGAGCGAACAUGCUUACUUCGAGAACUUCACCGGUUCGAAUGUAUAGCUAUAGCACAAGAGAAAUUGGAGAUGGCCCCUCCGACCACUGCUCAGCUCAGAUACGUGCUUCUACACAAUGCCAUCCCAUUUGUCGGAUUUGGCUUCCUGGACAAUGCCAUCAUGAUUGUCGCAGGGACUCAGAUUGAAUUAUCCAUAGGAGUGAUCCUGGGAAUCUCCACCAUGGCAGCUGCUGCCCUGGGGAACCUGGUGUCGGACCUGGCCGGACUCGGCCUUGCAGGGUACGUGGAGGCGCUAGCCUGCAGGCUGGGCAUGCAGAUCCCCGACCUCACCCCCAAACAGGCGGACAUGUGGCAGACCCGGGUCAGCUCCCACACCGGAAAAGCCAUCGGGGUUGGCAUCGGAUGCAUUCUGGGAAUGUUCCCGUUGCUCUUCUUCAAGGACGAAGAUGAGAAGAAGCAAGCAGAAGGAAGUGAGCUGUCCACAGUCUCCAGCAGCAACUGAACCCCCCCCCCCCCCCCCUCCUCCCCCUGCACCCCGAGUAUUUACACCCGGACUUCCGUUCUAAGGAAACUGAAAGGACUUAUGGACCACUGUACAACAAACUGUCCAACUGUCGCAAUGUAACUUGUCUCUGUCACAACAGACCUAGGUAAACUGGUAUAAAUGACUAACACUAAAAGCAUGACUCCCUGAUUAUACCAGUGUCUUAUAUUUCUUAAGUAAUAAUAACUGCAACAUUUAAGCAGUACCAAAAAAAAAACAAAGAAAAACAUGCGUUACUUUGGUUUUAUUGUACCUGUCAAUCACUCUAACUGCUUCUUUAAGUUUUUGCCUGGCUCUUGUACGCUUUAACUGGUGACGUCAUGUACUCCUAGCUUAGGUAAACUUCUGAAAUCCUCCGGAUCUUUGACAAAAUGCAGGGACCAGAGUUCUGUUGAAUCAUGUUUCUGCGACUGAAUUACAAAGCUUGAGUUGAUACUGUGGCUGGUAGGAGUUUAUAAUUUUCCCUACUUUAUCACCAACUUAUCAUCUCAGUACACAUCUCCUUUUUAUUUUUCCCCCUUGGGCGCAUGGUGUAUGUACAUUGCUUUUGAUUAGUUUUUUUCUGGGUGGCCGUUCUGUCUUUUCUGUCUAACCAGAUUUGACUGAAAACCACAGUGGACUGCAGUCUUGACCCCAAGCCACCAGAGGGCGGCGUGGACUCAGGUCCUGGAACAACCUAAAGGCAAAGAUAGAUCAGCUGGCUGUACGCACGUUAUUGUCACACUAUAUUGUCUGAAUUCCAGUGUCAUUGUGCCUUAAUGCAGGGGUGACCAGGUGUAUUUAUUAAUUGUUAAAACAUGAAGUCUUAACAUGCUCCUUCAUUUUUGUAAUUGUUUGGCCACGCUGGUUUAACUCCUACCAUAAACCAACGGUGAAUGAGAUCUGAAGUCCCAUAAAUGCCUCUCAUCAUAGUAUAAUCCUUUCAUAUAGGCACCUAUAGCUUUGUGAAAAAAACAUUUCAGAAGUGCUUCAGGAAAUGUGUAUACUCAGUUAACACAAACAUUUCAUUUCAGUCUGGAGGGGGAGGAUUGGCAUCCCGGUUGUGUUUUUCAUUACAUCAUCACGUCAUUAUCCAACUAUUAUACAUUAACAGGCUGACUCUGCCUAAUUGUGCACUAUACUGCAGUGUUACAGGAUGCAGUACAAGUUUAUUAAGCAAUCAUACACACGUUGUAGCCAGAAGUACUUCCGUUGUGUCAUAGUAUUGUGAUGUCAUUGUAGGCAUAGCGGUUAACAGGAAUAUAAUCUUGUGAGAGUUAAUAUUCUUGAAGCAUAAAGUAGGAAAGGCAUUUCUUGAGGUUUGUAUUGCUUUUUUAACCAGUCUUUCUUUUGUUUUUGAAGUUAUUAUAAAAAAUGUACUAUAUUCCUUUUUUAACCUUAGAGGUUAACUGAAGGCCAAUUUAAGCAAAAAGAAUAGUUUGUGACAUUAUGAAGAGAAUGUUUUGUUAUUCUUUUUCGUUAUUUGUACAGCACACAGCCACAAACAUGUCUGUUCUUAUCUGGAUCCUUGUCUAUGCUACUGUCUGUGGUUCCAUUUAUAGGACUGAAUUCAAUCAGCCACUUACCCUAUCUUUGACUGAUGGAAGUGUACUUCAGACACAGAGCUUGAUGAGUUUAGCUGUCACCAAAAUGAACGAGGGAGAAUAAUGCUUUUCACAUUGGGAAAAAGUAAGGAAAAGUGGUGAUUGAAUCAAGGCUAUUGCAGAAAGUCUCUGUCGGGUAGUGGUUCCCAAAAUGGGGAGCGUGACCCCCCUGGGAGGGCACAGAGAGACAACAACGGGGGUGCAGGGAGGGUUGAAGGAAAAAGGCACAGUGCUGGAUGUGUGUAGGCGGGGACUUAAAUACUGUCUUAUUAUCUACUGGGUUACCAACCUCAGCGAAUCGAUAGCCGGCUUCUCAUUUACCACCUCCAGCUUAUCAGCUGCUAGAUUGGUUGCCAGCUUCGAUUAGGAUAUACAGUGCGUGCUGCCAGUCUCUCAGUAGUCUUAUCUCUGGCACUUACCCGGCACCAUAGUACCGUUACCACAGGGGGGCCUGACCCAAGAAAUUUGGGAACCACUGGUGUAGAUGUUAUUUGGGUGGGUGAGGGGGGCUUUCAGCACUUGAAUGAAGUUUGUGUAAGGUUUGCGUAAAUAGAAGCACGCAGUAUACAAUCUCUCUGUGAUGAGCUUGACUCUAAGGCUGUUUUUAGUGCUGCAGUGUUUUUUUAUGUCAGGAACGUAAAAAGGCAAUGAUCUGGGGCUGCUUUUGUAAUGAUACCAAACUGAAGGUGAGAGUAUGUGGCAUGCUGGUGAUUUGUUUAUUUAUAACUCUGGUUGUACGGUCGUGGUGAUUGUGCAUACCCAAAGGACAAUUUAUCUGCCGAAAUUAAGCACAUUUUGUAGUAGAAAAAAAAACGUAGUAAUGAUUUGUUCUGUUUACAUUGUGGUGCAGUUAUCCCUGAAAACAUUUAGCACACUUUUAGUAUGCAUGGUUAAUGCCGAAUACUUGUUGCACUGAAUUAAAUGUCUGCUCAGCUUUAAUAGUUUUCUGGAAACUCAUCGGAAUAGACUACUGUAAGUGACAGUCUGAGUCUAAAACCUCCACUGCAAAUCUUUAUGGGAACAGAACUGAUUUUAAAGGCAUGCUCUUAAUGUAAUGAUUUGGUAUUUAUAUUUUUAAGGAUGGUAUUAUAAGAUUUUAAAAAAGAUUUUUACUUUCAGUAAAGCACAGUAGAUGAAACCUUUUCCCCAAGGCCUUCGCAAUAAUCUUUUGUUUUUUUCAAUGCUUCAUAAAUAUGUUGUAUUCUGACAAAUAGUUGCAUUUUCAUGAAGGAACAAACAUUGUGCAUUUACUGUAUGCUUAUAAGGAUGUGUGGUGAAAAUGUAAAACUGCACUUUCAUUUGACCAUUUUCUGUAAUUGUAGCUUCACCAUAUCAUUUGCUUUUGCUCUCUCUCUGGAGUGGAUAUUGCUUGCCUUAUUUAUGCAUAUCAGUUUAUAUGUUUGGAAUAUGUCAGGCUUAAAAUAUGUUUUAAACCUCCAAGAUUUAUAUCCUCCAAGCCUGUUUCUGACAUGAUAUUGAAUCUUGCUGAAUAAAACAUCUCAUCUUCAUAGUUGAGUAUGUAUUUUAUAUGGCAAGCUGUUGCUGGCUGGUAACUAAUUGUCCUGUCAGAAAAUUCAAAAUGUUUUGUUCAACCAUUGAAAUGUUAAAUUAAAUAUUGAUUAUUUUGCUGUUAAUUAAGUUCUACACAAGCAUGCUUUUAAGAUCGGAUUUCUGUUACUUACCUAAGUAUUUUUUUGAUCAAAGUGCCCACAAGCACAUUUCUGUUUUGUCUGUUGGUUUUAGUUAGUAUGCAAGUCAUAUACAGCAGCCAUUGAGAUACUGCAUGUUGUGUUCUGGCUUCAGCCCAACUAGAUGUUUGUGUGUAAAAAGCCUUCUGACCAGCAGGGGGCAGCCUACAGCCUGCAAGCCUGCUGUAUCUGGCCCAUGACAUUCCAAAUAAUUUUUAAAAAAUACACUUAUUAGGGCACCAAAAAUGAAAACAUACGCAUUUUUCCAUAGCUGUAAGUAAUGAUUUCAGAAUACAGUGUAAAAUGGAGUAUUUGACUUGAUGUAUAAUUUUGUUUUGUAUUAUUCUGAACAUUGUAUUUGCUAUUUUCCGUGAACUUGUAGGUAGUAAUUGCAGCCUGCUGAAAAUGCAGCUCACCUGCAAGACUUGGUAGUCUAACCUUGGUUGACUUAACCUGUGAUAAUUAAAGAUUCCAAUGACAAAACCAAACCGAUGCUGGUUACAGACCAGAUAAUGGUGAACUGCUUUAGAUUUCUGCAGAUUAUGCACCAUUCAUUCAUCUGAAAAUGCAUCAACAUGUUAUAAUUUAUGUAUAUUCUCUGUAUAUUUUUUUAAAUUAAACCAAUAUACGUAAUAUAUACUCAAUAACCCAGUCACGACUCACCAUUGUCAUAAUACAAAUUGUAUUGUUGGCAUCUGUUUUACUACCCAAUGGUUGCUUUUCACUGUUGUCUUUUCGUAUUUCCCUUGAAAAGUAAUUUUGUCUACACAGUUCUUUGAGGCCUGAUAUGGAUUUUUAUUUGGAUGUACAGUACUGGCCAAAAGUAUUAGGCCACCUGCGGUUUUAAAAAAAAGCUUUGGUAGAGAAGAAUUCAGUUAAUAUAUGUGCAUUUGUUGAAUAGCAAACCAAUCCACAAUUGUGUCCCCUAAUUUCUACCUACAGGUUCAAUUACAGAAAAAGAUUUGUUUUACUUAAAAAUAAUCUUAGACAUGACUUUCCUCAAAAUAAGCUCAUUUGGCUUAAAUUACUAUUUUAAAAAUUAUGGAAGUCUAUGCAAUCAUUUUACAAAGUGGGAGGUGGAGGGGUAGUUAAAUUGAGUGAAAUAUUAUAUACCUUAAGUUUUUUUAAAACCACAGGUAGCCUAAUAACAUUGGCUUGUAGUGUAAGUAAAAUAGGCACUAAAGCUGAGAGAAAUAUGGCAAAGAAGAAGGUGUUAGGCUUACAUGUGCAGGGCCAAGUAAACAUAUUGUGGCACGGUUAUUCCCCACAAGAACAUGCAAAGAAGCUUAAGAUUUCCAGGUGCAGUGUUCAGUACACACUCAGAAGGGUCCAGCUGAUGGGCAAUAAUGUUAACAGGAGAAGAUUGGGAAGAUCAUAAGGCAGUAGACAAAUAUCUUGGUAGUGCCUCACUUGUUCUUCUUUGCCAUAUUUCUAGCACUUAUAGUGUCUAUUUUACUUGCACUACAGGCUAAAGAAAUUAGGCUACCUGGGUUUUUUUUUAAAAAAGGUAAAUAAGAUUUCACUUUAAUUACUCCUCCACAUCCCUCCCAUCCCUCCACCCUAACUUUGCAAAAUGAUUGGAUAGACUUCCAAUUUUUAAUUUAAUUGUAAUUAAGCCAAAGGAGGCAAUUUCUAGGAAAGUCAUAUAAGAUUACUUUUAUGUGAAACUCAUGUUUGUGUUAUUGUAGAUACAAAUUGAAAAAAAAGUUUGUAAUUUGUUAUUAAAUAAAUGCACAUACAUUAACUGAAUUCUUCUCUACCUAAAGUUUAUUUUUUAAGUAUUGGUGGCCUGAUACUUUGUGUAAAAGAAACUUUGUGCAGAAAGGAAGUCAUGAAUCUGAGGCUGACAGCUUAAAUAUCAGUCAGACUGUGUGUAAGGCUGUUUGAGUGUUGUAUCUAGCUGAGGCAGUUACUUUUAGUGCAGGAGCAGAGCCCAUGGGCCAGAACCACAGAAGUUCUGAUUGGCUGAGAGCCCCUCAAGGGGCUUAUAAUUGGCCGACCAUCAGGACUACAGGUUGUUUGGGAGGCUGUUAGCUUCACAUUAGUGUCUCCUCUGGACACUCCUGCGCUUGCAAUCUCAGUGAAAAGACGGUUGGCUGCCAUCAUGAAUUUGCAGCCUCCUGAGUCAACACAGAAUGUUGCAGGGCUACUACAAGCCUGCAUUUAGAGGUGGCCCACUCCAGGUUUAUGGGGGAAAUGUGUGAGUAAAAACGAAUGUUGUUAUUUUUACAGUUUAAAAAUAUAUAUUUAUUUAAAGUAAACCGCAUCAAAAAA